UGGACACUAAUAUACAUUGCGACUGCUUGGUAUAUUUGGAAGAGAAGGAACUUAGCCGCUCAUGGGGGAAGGAUUUGGGAACGAACUUUCUUCUGGCAGAUGGUGCAGCAGGGUGCAAGGGAGAUAAACUCUUUGGCCAAACCAGUAUUUGAGAGGACCCCUACAAGAAGCAUAGAGAUGUGGCAGCGACCAAAUAAUGGAUGGGUGAAAGUGAAUGUGGAUGGAAGCAAAAUCAGUGAGCCGGAGUCGGUGGCUGUGGAAGGUGUUCUUAGAGAUGACUCUGGAAACUGGAUAGCUGGGUUCCAAAGGCGGAUUGGAACAUGUGAUGUGACUGCGGCAGAAUUGAUCGCUAUAAGAGAUGGUUUGUCGUUAGUUUGGGUGUUCGGGUAUAGGCAAGUGGUAGUUGAAUCGGACUCGCUAGUGGUCGUACAACUCAUCCGUAAUGCAGACACCCGUUUCCAUCCCCUUGCUGGAGUUAUUGAGGGUUGGAGGCAGUACAUUGACAAGGACUGGCGAUGUAAGCUAGCUCACAUUCCUAGGGGAAGAAACUCUUUAGUAGAUGGGAUGGCACGAAUGGCACAUCAAGCACUCAACGUGGAGAUUCUCUUCUCUACUCCGUCGGUGGAACUCCAACAUAUAAUGCAAGUAGAGGCAGCAGGACUGUAA